AUGACAACCGACCUCUACUCGGUCCCGGCCUCCAACGGCAUCGAAUCGACAAACCUACUCCACACCACCAGCGAGACUGAUGCCACAGCAACAAUGAACGGCAACAACGCUCACAGCGCAUCCAACGGCACCAUCCAAAAACUCUCACAACAACUGGAAAAUGUAACAACAGAAGAUAAAGAAGAGCCAUUGUUCUCCGCCUCCCUCAUCUCCCCCGAAAUCCUCUCCAUUCUCCCAGAAGGCUACACCGCCCGACCCCUGCGCCGCUCCGACUUCCACCUCGGAUACCUCGACGUGCUGCGCGUCCUGACCACAGUAGGCGAUAUAUCAGAGUCCAUGUGGAACGAGCGAUAUGACUACCUCUACAAACGCAACGACGAGUAUUACAUGAUUGUCAUCUGUGACGGGGCCGGCAAAAUUGUAGGCACGGGAAGUUUGAUUGUUGAGCGGAAAUUCAUUCAUGCCCUGGGUCUUGUGGGCCAUAUUGAGGAUAUCGCGGUUGCGCAGGAUCAGCAGGGGAAGAAGCUGGGGUUGAGGAUUAUUCAGACGCUAGAUUAUAUUGCAGAGAAGGUUGGGUGUUAUAAGACAAUUCUCGACUGCUCCGAAGUUAACGAGGGCUUCUAUAUCAAAUGCGGCUUCAAGCGUGCUGGUCUCGAGAUGGCGCACUACUACUGA